AUGAAGUUCCCUCACGUGAUUAUCAUAUCGCUCAAUGUGUUGUUAAUUGCCAAAGAGACUGUCCCAGCGCCGACCGAGGAAUCACCAGGAAACAGUGAAUUACCCAGAAGACGAGAACCCCAAAUAAUCCGAGAGUCAUCCUCACCAAUUUCGAUUGACGAGGACGCAAAUCCCCGGGAUAAGAGAGCCCUGGGGGUGCUGCUCCAGGGGUUGGUUCAGGCUUUGGGGUACAAUUCGACUCCAGUGCAAUUAGCUUCCUUCCCAAAUCCGAAUACUCUGGGAAUUUCUGCUGGGCCUGUGAGUAUAGAUAUCAGACAAACGAAUCCUGCACUCCCUGCAGCAGCUCCAGGAUCACCUCCAUCUCCAGCUGCUCCAGCUCCAGCUCCAGCACCAGGACCACCUCCACCUGCAGCUGCACCAGCUUCGCCACGUCCAGGACCACCUCCAGCUGCACCACUUCCAGUUGCGCCAGUCGUAGCAGCGAAUGCACCUAGACGACGGGAAACUCUACGAUUCACUGGUGUUGUGAAUUUCGGGAAUAAUUCUGAUAUUCUCGGGCAUUUGCGUCAGUACGAACAAUUGUUUCAUGGACCGAGAACAACUGGUUCACCACCAGCUCCUGCUGCACCUCCUGCUGCACCUCCUGCUGUAACUCCUGCUGUAGCUCCUGCUGGAGCCCCUGCUGGAGCAGCUGGAGGAUCAUCAGCCCUACCAGCGAUAAAUCCCCGAAGUGCUCCGAGCAGAGCACCUCUCCUAGAACCCUAUUUCGUUCCAAUCCCGAUCCCCCUGUCCCCCAACAUCCAGAACCUCCACGAGUUGCAAUAUCCCCAGAGACCAUUAAUAUCAAUCGUCACAACAACCUCUGCUCCAACCCCCGCGACUCCAACAAUCGUUGAACACCAAUUCGUCAACAAAGAGCACAAGGAAACGAAGAACGUGCAAUCGCAGCAGAUAAUCGGCGAUCGAAAUCCCAAUCUCGACGAAAGAAGGAACAAUCACGUGAAAAUCAUCGAGAACAACCGGAAUCGAGAAGAGGAGAUUAACCUGAAGAAUGAAAAUCCACCGGUAUACGCUGAAGAUACUCAGGAGGUGGACAGAAGUCACGAGGAGAUUCAGCAAGAGGACCAGGACCAGGACCCUCCACAAGAAUACGCAGAGGAAUCUGAUGAUGAGGAGUCGCAGCCACCGAUCAACGAGAAUGACGGGCGGGAGACUGAAGAGGAAAACCUGAGGAAAGAGAAUGAAUCUUCUGAAGAUCAGUCAGAACCCGAAGGACACGUCCAGGAGAGUGAAUCUGGUGAGGAGCAGUCGGAAUCACAAAAAUUCACGAGCACCUCCACCGAGGAGCGAUCACCUGACAGCGAGACCAAGAAAAGUUCCCUCGAAGAUCCCGAAGACUACAUUCCCCAGCAAUACCCCAGCUAUUACGCAAUUAAACUCCCGAUCGAGGAAAAACCAUUUAACGGCCCCUUCAUGAACAGCUACGGCGAGAGUCUUGAGCAUUCAGGGAAAAUUGACGAGAACGUUGCCGAUUAUUUCGAGAGAUACAAAAACUCGCAGACUGGAUUGUUCGACGCCCAGAGUAUAAUUGCACCGCAGAUUCAGAAGAGGCCGUGGUGGAUCGAGGGGAUGAAGAGCCCCAAGGAAAUGCUGGACAAUAAAGAUAGACCCCUGGAGAAUAAAUACGAGGAGUACAAUCUCGGUGGGAAAACCCUGAAGAGCAAGGGGGACCAGGAAAAGGGUGCGAAACAAAUUCGUGAGACGCAGAAGAAGACGUCGACCUUGGGAAACCCAGAGAAGGGCAAAGGGAGUAAAGGGAAAAGUCCGGGAAGAAGUGGGAAGUCUUGGAAGCGAAAGGCCCAGGGGCCGGAAGCCCCGAAACCGAGGAACGAUGGAACCCAGAAGAAAUCCUUGGCGAUAGUUCCUUUCGAUUUUGUUAGGUACAGCCCAUACUACAAACCGGUGCAGUAUUUAUUCUCACCGGAGUCCCUGCAGAAGUCCACGCAGUCGAUUCUCACUGAGAACCUGCAGAAGUAUCUGGCGGAAGAGUCGGUAGAGAAUGAGUCACCGGAGGAGGUGGAGGCGCCGGUCACUGAGAGGAUUGGUAAAUCGCAGGUGACUGGAGAUUCUGAGAAACUCAGGGAAGAAAAUCAUGAGAGGGAGGAGAAAGAGGAGCCCGAUAUCACACCUGAAGAGUUAGAGAAAUUCUCUGGUGAACAGACAGUUACUCCAGCCUAUCGGGAUGAUUCUGGGGCGCAAGAGGAUUCAACAGAGGAAUUCACGGUGAAUUAUUCAGAGAGCAAUCAUGAUGACCGUCAAGAGGAAACAUUGGAUCAGGCUGAGGCACCUGUCAGAGAAUCUGGAAGCUAUCGGGAAUCGAUAUAUUCCCAGGGGUCAGAGUCUGAUUCAGGACAAUCGGAGUAUCGAGGAUCUGGGGAAUCGAGUUCAGGGGAAGAUUCCACGGGGCAGACGUAUGUUCAGGGAGAAAAUCCUCAGGAGGAUCAUUACGAGUCUCAGGAUGGGCCUCAGGAUGCGCCUCAGGAUUUGCCUCAGGAUGGGCCUCAGGAGGAAUUGAACAAUAAACCCAUGGAUCCACCUCUCACCCAUCGACCAGAGGAGAAACAUAUCCAGAACUUCCGGGAACAACAGGAAGGUACCUCAGACCUCCGAACGAUAAAAAAUCCCCCGAUAACGACUUACAAUCCUGUCACCUACAAUCUGCCCUCGACAAUUCGGAGUGAAGGGCAGAAUUUGAUCCCUAGGAAUCAGGUGAUCCAGUAUGAAUACCCGGGAAAUCGACAUGAUGGAAACGUUUCUCCUGGGUAUAUCGAGUAUUCAGAGCCUUCAACCCUAUUUUCUACCUUUGGAACCACUCAACGGAUUCCGCCUCCAGUUGAUGAUUUCAUUUUCGGCCAGAGGAUUGAUCCUACAUUGACUCGACCAGUUGAUGGACGAAAUUAUGGGAAUCCUGGUGAUGGUUAUGAGGGGAGAGCUUCAGAGGGAAAUUCCGGACCCUCGGCGACGAGUGAAUUCAAGAGUGCCACCAGCCAAAGAUACAGUAGAAUUGCCACUGAUAAAUCUACAGGUUCUGAGUCGAGGGGACGAGGCUUAGGAUAUCCUAGAUAUUAUUGA